CUGAACAAGGCAGUGAGCAAGAAAUUACAUUCCUGUUGAAAUCAGUAAUCUCUUUCUGGAGACUGCUCCUUCUAGUUCGUGUGCUUUCUUUUGUAUCACUUUGAGGGGGGGUCUGAUAUUGUUAUUACUCUCCAUGUAGCUUGCCCUUGGGGGGGAAAAUGCACAAGGAAAGAUACAGCAAGCAGCCUCUCUCUCAGAAGAAAAGAACAAGACUGGCUACACAGGAACUGGCUUCUCUCAAGUGUACAGUUUAGAAGUCAACGUAACUGUAAUCAAAAUACUAGUGUUUUUGUGGCCACUAGAGAGAAGGGACUCAGAGAAGGAUAUGGCAAAUCAGAGUACAAGGUGGAUCUAAGGAACUUUGAAUGUGGGCUCUCAGCAAUGUAAGUCUUCCUAUACUAUAUUUUUAAUUGUAGCAUUUAGUCAUUUUAUUUCUAUUUUGAAGCCAUGCUGAGCCAAAAGAUACUAUUAGAUAUUAAAAUCAAUGUGGAAUAUUACUUGUAAUCACUGGUGUGAGACUCAGAAUGAUAUUGAAAUAUGACAGAAGUCAGAGACUAUCAGCCAGUAAUAUGGAAGAUGAACUAUAAAUAAGAGCAUAUCUUAUUAUUGUAAGAGUUAGAUGCUGGGUGGAAUCUUUAAUCAACUUUCUCAUUGUGGAACAGAGCUCUGCUGUUUUGUAUAGCAAGCUAUUUUAAUACUGCUGCAUUUAAAAUUGUGUGAUUACAGUUAUGAAGAGCAAUAAGAUGUAGCUACAGAAGAGAGUCCUGAUGGUUGCAAAAGUUUUUUGCCCAUUGUUUUUGCUCUCCAAAACCUCAAGUCCACAUUUUCUAUUCUCCAUAUUGAUUUUGUUUUUCAACUGGAUUUUUAACAUAUGCUAAUAAGGGACUUCACAGGGAGCCGAAAAGAAAGUAUUUCAGCGUUCAGAAUAAUUCCAUCCGGAUAAUAAAGAAAAAGUAAUUAUCAAAAAAUAAUCCUUCCUUUACACCAGCUUCAGCUUUGGACAACAAAGGAAUAUAAAGCCUGAUGGUGACAAAAAUUUAUGCUUUCAGCUUUUUACUAUACAUACUCACCAGUUUCAGCAAUGGAUAUUCUUUGUGAUGAGGAGAGUUCUGUGAACCCAACUACAAACUCCUUAAUACAAUUAAAUCAUGAGAGAAGACUUUACAAAAAUGUUUUUGUAUCUGGAGAGGUUAACACAUCUCAUCUGUUUAACUUAACUGUGGACUCUGAAAACCUAACUAAUCUUUCGUGUGAAGGCAGUCCGAGCCCACCCUGCUUUUCAUCAUGGAUUCAGCUUCCAGAGAAAAAUUGGCCAGCUUUGUUGACAGUUAUUGUGAUUGUUCUAACCAUUGCUGGGAAUAUUCUUGUCAUCAUGGCUGUGUCACUGGAGAAAAAGCUACAGAAUGCCACUAAUUAUUUUCUAAUGUCACUCGCAAUAGCUGAUAUGCUGUUGGGUUUCCUUGUCAUGCCUGUGUCAAUGUUAACCAUACUGUACGAGUAUAGAUGGCCUCUACCCAAAACACUCUGUCCUGUCUGGAUCUAUCUGGAUGUGCUUUUCUCCACUGCCUCCAUCAUGCACCUGUGUGCCAUCUCUCUGGAUCGCUAUAUUGCCAUACGCAACCCCAUUCAUCACAGCCGCUUUAACUCAAGAACUAAGGCUUUCACAAAAAUAAUUGCAGUUUGGACCAUCUCAGUUGGUAUCUCUAUGCCAGUGCCUGUGUUUGGACUACAAGAUGAAACCAAAGUACUUAAGGGACCCAGCUGCUUACUUGCUGAUGAGAACUUUGUCCUUAUUGGCUCUUUUGUGGCAUUCUUUAUUCCUUUAACCAUCAUGGUGGUCACCUACUUUUUAACCAUCAGAUCACUUCAGAAAGAAGCUACCUUAUGCGUUAAAGACCUUGGCACAAAGACCAAGUUUGCUUCAUUUAGUUUUCUCCCUCAGAGUUCUCUGUCUUCAGAGAAACUUUUUCAGCGUUCUUUGAACCGAGAGCUGGGGACUUCUGGAAGGAGAACUAUGCAGUCCAUCAGUAAUGAGCAGAAAGCUUCCAAGGUACUCGGCAUUGUCUUCUUUCUGUUUGUUGUGAUGUGGUGCCCAUUUUUCAUCACUAAUGUGAUGGCAGUCAUUUGCAAGAAGUCAUGUAAUGAAGAAGUCAUUGGAGGGCUACUGAAUGUAUUUGUCUGGAUUGGCUACCUUUCUUCAGCUGUCAAUCCCCUAGUAUACACACUGUUCAACAAAACUUAUCGUUCAGCUUUCUCACGUUAUAUUCAGUGUCGAUACAAGGAAGAGAAGAAGCCUUUGCAGCUGAUCUUAGUGAACACUAUACCAGCUUUAGCUUAUAAUUCCAGCCAACUCCAGCUGGCACAAAUGAAGAGCUUGAAAAAAGAGGCUAAAAUGAUGGCCAAAGACUAUUCUAUGGUUACAAUAGGAAUACAUCAUUUAGACAGUACCUCAAAGGGCAGUAUCAACCCAGUGAACGAGGUUAGCUGUGUGUGACUAUGCUAGCUCAUCAACAGCUGCCAUGGCAACCACGGUGUAUACUCAGAAAAUUUCACCUAACUGUGAGAAGCUUUGAUAGCUUAGGAAAAUUAGCCCUGUCUAAGAAAGUCGUCAUUAAUAUCACAUACUCCUUAUAUUGUCUGGUUGGUGAAAAGCAGGGUUAAAAUGCUAUCAAAUGUGCAAUUUUUUCAUACAGUACAUCAGCUGUUUUAAGCACAGGCUUUAUUAAACUUAUUUUUUUAAAUAUUCUAAAUAAUAUAUUUCUUAAAGAAAAAAUGCAGUUUAUUGUAUUAUAACAUGGGCUGUGAAGAAAUCCAUGCGUUACUUUUUUUUCCAAAUGUAAGCUGAGCUAUUCAUUGGUUUACUUGCAGAUUAAGUUUGAAUUAGUUUGUCUUGCUACAAUGAAAUUUUAUUAGCAUUAACUAAAUGAGCACUUUAUGAGAUUUUAAAUAAAAUGUUAGUUAAUUUACUGAUGUAUAUUUAAAAUAUAAUUAAAAAAAAGAAAAUUAUAUAAAAGCUGUAUAGAUCUAUUAUAUAGAAAUUUUGGUAACAGUGUUUUUAUGGUUCCUUUUCCUUCCCAAUUACUUUUCUGAAAUGUUAUUGGGCUUUCUGCCAUUUGCUUUGUAGUUCAUUAUCGGCAAAAGUAAAUUAUACUUGAAUGUUCCUUUGUCAGCAUGACCAUUAUUAAUCUGUUUUCUCACUCAUAUUUUUCCCACCCUGUCUUACCUGUAUUACCUAAGAAUUUAAAAUGUACUAUUUCAUGUAUUUGGGCUUGAUUCUCCAUUCCAGUCCACUUGCUUUACAGUAGAAUAAGUGAGGCAACAUCAUGGAAAAUCAGGUCCAGUGUUGCUAAAUAAUUUCAGGCAUGAUCCUGUGGGCAUUCCUUUGAACAGCUCCACUGGAUUUCAAAUUUAAUUAACUUCAAUAGGAGUUUUGUGUGAACAAAGCCUGCAGUAAAGAGGUUUAAUCUUUCCCCAUUUCUGUUUGAUUAGGAGGGACAUUAUUAAGGUGUUUCACUUGUUUUGUUCUCAUGUUUGUAAACUAAGAAUAAAUAGAAGAUGAAAAUAUUUUCUUUAUUAGAAGUUGGUUUCCUCCAUCACUCCUCACUGUCUUCCUCCAUCGCUGUUGCAGCACUGGUCAUAAAUCCUGGGAUGCUUGCAUUAUUAAUCUACGUACAAACAGUUGGAUUGCUGUACUCUUAAAAAGUUCAUUUGAAAAUAAGGGUAUUGUCUAAAUGGCAUAAGUUUCCACCUGCAAAAAUUUAAUGGGAAGAUACUUUGCUGAGGUAAAGAGCAUUAGAUAUUUUUUAUUGUUUUGAUCUAUUUAAUUAUACAAAUGUUUGCUAGCAGGAAUAGCAUGUUGUUUCUGUGAAGCCAAUUGGACCUUGUGUAGAGAUAGAAAGGUAGCAAUUACACUCAUCAACAGGGCUGCAACUGAUUGUUGGGGCUUACACAAAAUUUGCAAAUGGAUACAUAAAAAAUAAGAUGCAGUGUAGCUCUAGAGCCUACCAACCCUGACAAAAAACACUAGUAAAAGUUAAAAGUUAUGAUGAAUAUCUAACAUAUUUGCGACUCUCUCAGUCCCUCCUGUGGUAUAUGUUCCAUUUUGCAUGAAAUUACAAAACAUUCAUUGGGCCAUGGAAAGAAAAUGAAUGAAUAGGCCUCUGGUAGAGUCAUAUUCAUUCUCUCUCCCUCAGGCCCAAGAUUCAUGUUCAUUCUUUCAAAAUAAACAUUUAAAUACUGAAUGCAAAGUAACUUAAUUACUCCAUGCAAAUAGAAUAGCUUCAACAGGAAGAACUGAGAAAUAAUAGGGUAUUUUUUGAGGUGGUAGAAAAUUUUGAGUCAAAGACAGAGGGUAGAGUUCAACCCCAAUUCCCCAUAUCCUUGGUGUAUGUUCUAACUACUGGGCUAUUCAGUGAUUCUUCCUUUAUGCAAUGCGUGAUUUUAUAGAGAGGCUUUGAGAACAGCUAGACCAUACCCUGCAGAUAAGUAAGCAAAGGAACAUGAGGGUUUCCCCUGCUUACAGAUCCACACCCCAAGUCAAGGGGCAGGGCUGGCAACCUGAUAUGCAAGGGAAUUCCUGUGGAGCACAAUAAGAAAAUAGGCAUCCUCAUAUUUAAGACAUCACAAACUGUGACUGCCUUUAGUCAUGGCAACAUUUUGGGCACUUGGAACAUGACAGUGGGCUUGGAUGUCUGUCUCCUUGCAACUUGUGCCAUCAUAAAAUUUUUUACAGAGGCACAAAAGCAAUGUCUGGUUGCACCCUUAGACACCUAAUAGGUGGAUUUCCACCAUUUGUGUUGUUUGUUUACUGUCUGUGUUUCUCUCAGCUAGCUCAACUCAUUUUCAGUUCAUUUCAUUUUCUGUCUCAAGGACUAGAGCAAUGUCACAUUGCUCAGAUUGAAGGAGAAUGUUUCCAUGCAAAAAAAGUUUUAAUUGAUUGUUUUAAAUGCAAUUAAAGAUUGACUAUUAAUAUUAGAUGUUUAAAACUGAUCAGAAAGCCUACAUUUUGGACCUACAUGACCUGACUCUGUCCUUUUAAUUAUUUUUUGUACAUAAUAGAGCACUUGCCUUUCAGUUGGAAGAAGUGUAUAAGACAGGGAUAUAUGAUACUUGAUUUUUAAUAUCAUUAGCUCUCACAUAGUUGGUUUGAUGAGUGAUCAGCAGCUAUUGCCCACAAAGUGUCUAAAAACAAAGAUAAUGGAUAAUGUUUCUGUCUCUUCAUAAAUAUCUUUGAGCACUUCGUUGUUAUGGAGCCUGAUCCUGCAGCCUUACUCCACCAAGACUUUUGUAGACUUUAGCGAGUGUUACUUUAUUAAGGGCUACAGCAUCAGAGCCAGAGCUUUCAAUACCUACAGGAUCUGGGAGAUCAUAAACAAAUAGGUAUCAUCUAAGAGAUUUAUUAUAUUGUUGACUUAUAUCAGGGUUCACCAACUUCAAGACUAGAAUUUCUAGCAGGCUAUUGCUAUCUAAUCACCACUGAACCUGAAACACCAGCACUGUUUUGUAAGGCUGGCUGGAAAACAACUUCCUUUAAUUAAAAGAUUUUGAAAUUUGUUUUCAUUCUGUAUCAGAAUGAAGAUGAGACCAUUUAAAUUUUAUUUAUGCAAAAAAAUAAAAAAAAUAAAAAAGAACCUCCCUGCAGAAUAGCAAGUAGCUCAGUCAGAGAUGUGACCAGGCAGCACUAGCUGGUACAAUGCUGAUCACAGUCAGCAGUCACUGCAGUUGCAGCUAUAUUUUUACCCUCCAACUCCCAAAACACUCCUCUCCCCACCCCCAACUAAGGUGGUGACCACCAGGGCUUCUGUCCCAGUAACCCUACCCUUGGUUAUGCUACUGAGCUCAGUGGUUUGAACACUCCCUUGACAUAUAAGGGAGCCAAAUUCCUGUACCUGCUCUGUCUGAUUUGAUAAGUCUUUCUGGCAUACAUCCUGGAUCACGAACUGUUUGAUUGACAAAUACGUUUAUCAGUAAUUUUUCAAGUAUGUUACUGUUUAGUAACAUUUAAACAGUAUCUGAAAGUGCCAGAAUAUGAAGUCAUUGUUAUACUCUGUUUCCUUAGUUUAUGGAUUCUGUACACAUUUCUGCAUAUAUCGGGGGAAAAAAUCCCACCAUAUCUACCCCAUGCAGCCAAUCAUGAACUUUGCGUGUGUAAUUAUUGCCUAAUAGUAAGAUAUAUUCUAUUUUGAAUACUUAUAUUUAUGUAAAUAUACCCAGAGGAAUGUUUGUUGUAUUUUGUAAAACUUAAAAUUAUAUUCUAAUGGCUUCCUGGUUUGUUAAAUCUCACUGCUUAGUAAAGCAGAUUAAAGUAUUCAAAUGCCAUCAGUUCUUUUAUACACUGGAAGUUUGUCUUAAGUAAUUAUUUCGGGCUGCUUGUAAAUUUUCACAGAACCAUGUCUGCUGGAGAUUAAAAAUAUAUUAAUAUGUUUUCUUAGAUUCAGACGCAGUGGGAGAAUACAUUGUGGAACUUUAUAACCUUAAUAAACACUGGGUCAUUAUGAUUAUUUUAA